UAUUAUUUACUUCCUCCUCACAUCUUGGAGUAAAGAUAACCGGACAAUGGAGGUUCCGGGGAAGAAACUGCGAGCAGGGCCAAAUGACGAGAACGCAACCUACUGCCAGCCUUGUGAACAAGAUGACGAAAUCCUCCCUGCUGAGGCAUACUGUACCGUCUGCAAAGAGUUCUUCUGUUCUAAUUGCGCAAGUGUCCAUAGGAAACAGAAAAUGUCUAGAUCUCAUACUCUUCUUGACAAAUCCAAUAUGCCUACAUCUAUCAGUAGCCAAGAAGUAACGUAUGAAUGUACAGUGUCUUGUGAAAUCCAUCCUGAAGAGUCUAUCAAAUACUUUUGCAGCACCCAUCAGACCCUGAUUUGUGGACACUGUUCAGUACAAAACCAUCGAUCGUGUCAUGCUGAUGUCAUAUCAGAUAUAUACAAGGCCUUCAAAGAUGACCAAGAGUAUGGGGAUAUCAUAGAAACAAUUGCCAGAUUAUUUGAAGACAUUGAUUUAUGUGCGUCGGAUGUGAAGAAAAACGUUGACGUUGUAGCAAAGUUAGCUGAAAAUGAAGUUGAAAAGUUGAGAAGAUAUCGAGAGGAAGUUUACAAGUAUUUUGAAGAAAGAGAACAGGUACUUUUGAAGUUUAUAGAGAAGACGAAAAUCUUGGAUGAAGAAUUGCUUGGGUCUCUGAAACUGAAAUAUAAAAGCCUUAGGUCCAAGCUGGAAGAAAUAAAUGUCACACUCGAAGCACAAGGAAACAACAUGAUACAGUUGUUCAUUAAGACCAAGAGAGCCAAGAAGCAAUUAGAGGGUCUGCAGAUUGAACUUGCUCACAUUAACAAAGAAAAUGUAAUUCACCACUACGAAUUCCGAAAGUACCCAGCCACUGAGCGUCUAAUUGCAUCUGACACUGGCAUUGGGACAUUAGCAAACACUAUGAUUGAAAAACCAACCGCACUAGCAGACAGUAACCAUGGCAUAUUAGGACUAACAGUUCAAGGAGAUGUCCCAAGGAAUACCAUGGCAACUGUCGAGCCUACAGUGGGUAACGCCACUGUGGACUUGACUAUUUUACGGUUUACACCAGCAUUGGACAUGACAAUGAAAUCUCCAACUGAUAAUAGGGACUGCUACCUGUCUAGCAUGCUCCACCUAGCCGGGUCCAGAUUGAUAAUGGCUGACUGGCACAACUGCACAGUUAAGUUGGUGGACCUGCAGACCAACAACCUGCUUUCCCAGAUCAGUGUACCAGGUCACCCGUGGGACAUGUGUCAUCUUCCCGGGGACAGAUGGUAUGUGAAGGUUGGACUGCUUUCAUCAGACAUGAGCAGGAACACUAUCACAAAACUUGACAUGAACCUAAACAUCAUCAAGACGUUCCAGGACCCUGCAUUAAAACGCCCAACAAGCAUCACUGCAUUUGGGGACCAUCUGUUAAUCUGUUGUAAUGGAAGCAACACCAAUAUGAUACUUGACUUGUCCACUGGUCAGAUGACACAACUAAUGGGGAAGAAGGAAGGGAUACGAAAUCCACUAUGUGCCUUCUACUGUCCACAACAGAACAAACUUCUUGUCACGGAGGAAGGGAACAAUGUUUUGAAGGUGUACAAUACAAUCGAAUAA